AUGGUGGGUUCACAAGCUUUGGUUGCCUUUCAAAAAGAUGAUGGAACUAUGGUAGCUUAUACUUCACCUAUAACAAGCUAUGCAACUCAGCUUCAAAAGGGUGACCUUAGUUUCCCCGUUAAUGGAGUUUCCUCGAUUCUUGAAGGUAACGAGAUGAUCAUGUUUGCAACUUUGGCAUUGCCUGCAAACACUACAACCGUGAACCACCUUUGGCAAGAACGACCCUUAGCUGGAAAUUUCCCUAGGAUGCACCCUUUGUCUGGUCCCAAUAUGGGUUCAAUGGGGACCUUGGCUUUUCUCGUAGGCAAGCUUGUUGUAGACAAAAACAGGUUCAAGAAACCAAUGGAAGAUAGUUCAUGGAAUUUUAUGCACAUUAGGAUGGGGUUUUCUAAUGCCUGUUUAGCUGGUGGGAUCAUUGGUGUUUUGCUUUGGCUUGGGGCACUUGGAGCAAGAAUUGGAAGAGGAAUCCAUCAAUAUAUAGGGAUUACCCUUCUUGGUCUCGGUGCAAUUCAAGGGAUCGUUGGCAUUGCGAAUGUAUUCUUGGGGUUUCAUAUGGUACAUUUGAUGAUCAAGACUUGGCCUCAAGUGACAUACAUUGCUGCAAUCUCAUUGCUGGGAACCAUUGCUCUUAUUUUAGAAGGAGUCGGUUGUUGGAGGAGGACCACCGUGCGACGUGAAAUAGCCGCCGAGGAAACACUUUAA